UCUGUAGGGUAUUAUCACGAGUGUUUCACAUGGCUAAUGAAAUGUACAAAGAUCCAAGAUUGGCAAUCCCCCUCAGAAUCGAGUAGUUUAUUCACACCAAAAUGCUGGCACUCCGGUAGUGUUUUUUCUUCUUCUUCUUUUUUCUUCAAUAAGAUAAUUUAACGCAGCAGGAGUCGUUCGGUGAAUCGCAGCGUCCCCACGCCGUUUGAAGGACCACAUCGGCGGUGAAAACUUAAAAGAGAAAAAAAGCCGGCCGUAGAAAACGUUGCCUCGUCUUCGAAAUUCGAACUUUUGGCUCCUCCUCUCGCCGGCGAGACCAGAGAGAAGAUCGCCGCGCCUCCGCCGUCCGUCCCGCAGCGACGCCUCGCCGCGUUCCGAAUUCCCCUCGGCGGUCGCGCGAGAAGCUUCUUCUCCCGCCGUCGUCUUCCUCCUCUCGAAUCGGUUCGGAAGUUAGGGUUUUCCCGCUCCUCCGUACUCCUCUCCUCGCCUCGCGUCGCGAAGAUGGAGCCUCUGUACGCUAAGCUGUACGACAAGUACACCAAGCUCAAGGCGAAGAAAUUCAGCGCCUUGGAGGAUGUCAACAAGGAGCAAGAACUGAAGUUCAUGAAUUACAUGACUGCUGCAGAGGAGUUGAUACAGCACUUGAGGGAUGAGAAUGACAAUUUGCGUGCGAAAAUCGAUGAAUUGGCGGCUGCUACAGGAUCGAAUGUGGACGAGUCCAGUAUGGAAAACCAAAAGCUUUUGAUUGAAGAAAUCCAGAAGAAUAAAGAACUUUCUGAAGAAGUUGCCAGACUCCGCAGGCUGCUAGACAGGGACCCUACCUUCAUCCAAGAUCAGGGGGGAAAUGAUGAUAAACAGCUGCGUACGCCUGAAGGUGAACAGCCAAAAUCAGACAUGCCUCAUGGCUCUUAUCAAUCAUCAAGAAGAAAGCGUAGGAGGCAUUCUGAGACUGAUACUAGUAAUGCAGUUAGGCCUCAUACUGAUGUUCAAGAGAAUUCUCAGCUUCUAGGUUUAGAGGAAGAGUUUCAUGGGGAUGUUGUGCCCCGCGGAGCCGUUCAAGAUGCUCAUCAGCCAGGGUGCUGCGUAAGAACAGAUGAAAAAUCAGGUGGUGGAGUGAGUGGCAGUUCAACAUUGGAGUGCAUGUUUCAAGCCCUAAUUCAGUACAUACUUGGUAUGAAAUUUUCAAUUGGCAAUCAAACUGGAAAAUUUUGCCUCGUAGCACUCCAUGAAUCAAGCGGCUAUUCAUUCAGUCUCACCUGGGCCAAUGGAGCGUCUGGAGCGUCUGGAGGGGAUGUAGAGUUGAUGUACAGCGUGCUAUCGCUGGGAACCUACGAGAGAAUCGCUCCCGAAUGGAUGAGGGAGGUUAUCAAAUUUAGUAUAAGCAUGUGCCCUGUUUUCUUCCAACGAAUUUCACGGGUGAUUAGAUGAAUCGGUGAAGCAUACCUGUAAAUUGAAGGUGUUGUAACAAUGUUCAUUGUUCAAGCACUCUAUUGAGUUCAAAUUUAGUGGGAAGUUUCAGGGCAAUGAAGGCUUUUAGUAUGUUUUGUA